AUGCCUGGUCUUACCCUCUCUCCGUCCCGCAUCGUCGUCAUCCAACACGACUCCGCGAACGACUUCCUUGCUGCCGCCUAUCCCACCCUUCGCCGCCAUGAAGCCUCGUCCAACAUCGUCCUCGCACACGCACUCAAGCGCAUCACCGCAGAGGCCGCCCUCAGUGCAUUCCAAUUUAUCAGUGACGCCGACGUCGAAGCCUGCUUUGAUCCGUCCUCCUCUUUGCCCCACCGCACCACUGACUCUUUCUGGCUUACCGUCUGGUCCAUCACCCCCUCCGCCCGCCCGACCCUCGACUUUGUCCUCUCCUCUGUCAACUCCACCCUCGGCGAGUACCCCAUCUUCCUCUGGACACCCCACCGCGUCGGCACCCUCUCCUCCGAAUGGCUCCUCUCCAGAACACAGCACCUCGCAGACCAUCUCCGCCUCUGCGUUCCCCCAGAGCGCGUCUUUUCCGUAUUCGGCAUGACUCCCCUCGUCAAGACAUUUGCGCGCUACUGGUCUGCCCUCACAGGCUUCGCCAUUGAGCCGGAACCUUUUUACGCAGCCUUCUUCUCCUACUGUACAGCCGACUCUUUCGAACCCUCGGACGUCCCCAUCCCUCACAACCACGUCCUCCGCCGCGCGACCACGCACGACCUAGAACCCGUCGCCCGCCUCUGCAAGGAGUUUGCCGACGACUCGGUCUACUUUCCCCUCGCGAUUGAGCACGCUCGCGUGGAGGCCCGUGAACUCAUCGCAAAGGGCCAGAUCUGGGUCUACGACGCUGCCGGCGACAUCUCCACCAUCUGCGCCGUCACCCGCAACUCUCACCGCGUCUCCGCAAUCACAAAAGUAUACACCACCCCCCGCUGGCGCCGCAAGGGGUGUGCAGAAUUCCUCGUACGCGAUGUCACUGCCAGGCUCCUGUUCGACUGUGGAAAAGAUUGUGUCGUCCUGUACGUCGGACACGAAAAUAGCGCCCAGCGCGUGUACGAUCGCGUCGGCUUUGCCGGCCUCUGCGGAAAAGACAAGCCCGAGGGCGUCGAAGACUCGCUCGAACUCGGCUUUGUCGGGGCGACUCGGGGACACUGGUGA